AUGGAUCGCCGAACUUCGGAGCGCGAGCGUCAGCACCAACACCCUCGAUCUGUUGAAACGCAGCACGAUGGCGAGUUCCCCAGCGAGGACCAGUCCACACCUGUCACCACCACCAUCACCAAUAACAUGACCGACAAUCCAAACCAUAUUGAUAUGAAUACACAAAACCUUGGAAACAUGCGCCUGCAGGAGGACGAAUCGGGCGCCAUACAAACUGAACGAUCUGGCGGCGGAGAUACACAGUCAAGACGAGGAUCGCAGGCAGGGCCAGCGCAAAACUUGGACAAUAGACUUAAUGCUGAUGUGCUGGCUUCAUCAUCAUUGCCCGCUGAUGAUGGAAUGGGAUAUUUGAGGAAAAAGAUCAUUGCAAUUCGGGACCGAGACCUGGACAACAACGAGAAGGCGCGGAUGGUCCACAAUCUCAUGACGGAAAACUCACCCUUGCCUGCAAUGAAUUCAUCGCCAGAUCCCUGUCAUACGAGCCCGAGCCCCACCUUGGACAUGCCAGCCCCUCCAUACGAGAACCAUUUCGCCCUCACCACUGAAGAUUUGCAACCAACUUAUGUCCCACGAGUCGAACCCGAUUCCCCAGUUGUUGAAACCGGGGAUGAAGCCGGCGACGAGGCCGGUGACGAGGACACAGAAGAAUUGGACGAGGCCUCUCUAGGCUGUCAGCAUUAUAAAAGAAACGUCAAGCUUCAAUGCUUCACUUGCAAGAAAUGGUACACGUGCAGGUUCUGCCACGACGAAGUCGAGGAGCAUCCUUUGGUUCGCCGAGAUACGGAGAACAUGCUCUGCAUGCUCUGUGGAUAUGCCCAGCCUGCAGCCCAAAGUUGCCAUCAAUGCGGGGAAGAUACAGCUCACUACUAUUGCGAUAUCUGCAAGCUGUGGGACAACGACAGCAAGAAAAGUAUUUAUCAUUGCCACGAUUGUGGGAUUUGCCGAAUUGGCCAAGGACUUGGGAAAGAUUUUUUCCAUUGCAAGGUGAGUGCUUUGGCUUAUGUGGCUACCGUUGGUUGGGUCUUGGCUUGGCCGUACUAA